AUCGAGGACAUACCACUUAGAAUCUUUGUAAAUGUAACUCGAGAAAGUAAAAAAAAAAAUUGUCACUUUUAUUUUAAUGAUUUUGGUUAGCAGUUAACUGUAAUUUUUUGUACCUUACAUAAACCAACGCUUUUCUGUCUCCAGUCACUCACUGGGCAUUGACUGAAUGUAUGGCUGUUUGCGUUCGGUUAAAUCUGUGGGGCUGGGAGGCAGGGAUUUGAACAGUUGGACUGAGAGAAGAGAGCACUGUGUGGGAGGUGAUUCAUGCCUGGCCUUGUGACUGCAAAAUCAUUGGAUGGAAAUCUUGCUAGGCAAGCUGGCGGCUGGAUUAAGAACUUGUUCCAUUAUGUGAAGACCAGUUUAUCAAGUGCUAAACAUCAACUUGGUGUGGUCUUCUCACUUUGUUAGCUGCAGAACUUGAAGGUGCUAUGUGUGCAUCUUUCCAAGCGUUCAUUAAAUGCCAGCUAGGACUGUGCAUUAUAAGUAUUCAGCCUUCAUCUUGAGAGAGAUAAAGUUUAGAUUAAAUUAAUUGUUUAGCCACAGAAAGAAAACUGCUAAAUUUCAACAUUACAGUACCUGAUGUAGUUGUCACCUAACCCAUUUACCAUCUGAAAAAUCACAGUGUGGAUCAGUGAAAAGGAAGGCAGUGAUAGCUUUACUGUAGGUGAUAUAAACUUGUCAGUUUCAUUUAUUGGCUGCAUCUUCAGAACUUCUGUGGAAAGUUAAAGGGAAGCCUGAUUGUGAAAACUACAAUGGCUGAUGUCAGGUGCAGAAGGAGUAUUGUUCAUCCUCAUUUGUUGUUAUCUGAGAACUAUCAAUGUCUAUCUCAGUCAAGGCAGAAUAUUUCAUCUUCAUUUGCAAGUCAACAGCUUGGUCAUUAUAAAAACAUGAUGCAUGUAUUUGAGAAUGAUGCAAGUCCAUCACAGACAAGGAGAAAUGUUCCAUCAUCAUACACAAGUCAACAGCCUAGAUAUCAUGAACAGAUAAAGCGGAUAUCUCAGAAUGGUUUGAGCCCACCUCAGUCAAGGUGGAAUAUUUCUUCCUCGCAACCUGGUUGUUAUGAAAAGUUAAUGCAUGUAUCUGAAAAUGGUGUGAGUUUGUUGCUGCCAAGGAAGAAUAUUCCAUCAUCAUGUGCAAGCUAUGCAAAUCAGCUGCCUAGUCCACACAAACAAAUAAUGCAUGUACAUCAUGAGCUGGGUAGAAGCAUUGAUAAAAUGGAUGGCUUAUUUCAGAUUGACCUACCUAUCAGAAUCUGUCAGCCUCAUCAUAGCAAACGUAAGGUGACAUUUGCAUCCUCACAAUUAAGUCCUUCAUACCAGAAAGCUCUGCCAGUCUCCAAUGGAGUUAAAUGGCUUAAAAAAGAUAGGAAUAGGAGUGAUAGUCUGUUAGAAGCCAAAUCAAAUCAUCAGCAUCUGAGCAAUUACUAUGUUCAAGAUGAUAUGCCUGAGUCUGGCCAUUUGAUGGAGAACUAUGAUAGAUACAAGAAUUUCUGUCUUGAGUUUGACCUGCAUCAUUUUAGACCAGAAGAGAUCACAGUCCAUACCAUGGGUCAGAAGUUGUUAGUGGAAGCCCAUCAUGAGGAGAGGGGAAAUGGGUUGAAAAUAUCGCAAGAAUAUUUCCGUGAACAUAUACUUCCUGCUGAGGUGGAUCCAUACAGUGUGACAUCGAGCUUUAAUCAUUCUGGCAUUCUCUGCAUUAAAGCACCACUACCUGUCACAGAAAACAAAAUAAUUCCAGCAAACCUUAUUCCUCUUAUGUGAAAAUUAGUUCUGAUGUGUAUGAUACUGAUAUUCUGAUCUGGAAUACUGUUCAGUUACCUUGGAAUUUAACUGUCAUUUCAUUGAAGUGCAUAUAUGGAAACAAAGGAUAAGUAGUUUCAUGUUUUUAUAUGCAAAUGUCAAAUCAAUCGAUGUUCACAGUGCUGCAACUCAUCUGGUGGUUGGUGUCAUAUGUUGCCUCAAGCACUAAUACCAAAUAUAUCUGAUAAAGAUCUUAAUACUCACUUUAGUACCCUCCUGAUGGUAAGUAAUGAUACUGACCUCUACAGAAGACCUUGAUCACACUUGUGUUUCAGUGUAUGUAUGCACGAGUGUAUGUGUAUAAGUGUGCAUGCAUGAAUGUAUGUGUUUGAGUGUGCAUUCAUGAGUGCAUGUGUACAGUAUGUGUAUACUAGUGUGUGUGAGCUAGUGUACAUUGUGUGUGAGCGAGAGAGAGAGUGUAUGUGUGAAAAUAAUUACCUUGACAAUAAGGGAGUUUGUUGACAGUACAAAGCAGGAAUUCAUUACAAGCAUGAUUACCAGCAAAUCCGUGAGUUGUGACAGAAGAAGAAUGUUGAAAAUUGUUACUUCUGUGCUGUAUUUCAGUAGUAUUGUCUGUAGUGUGUUCAAGUAGUAUUUCAUUUUUUAAAUAUUCAGUUUGAUUGUGAUUAAUAUCUGCUUCAUAAUAUUGGAAAGUAGUUGGUAUUGUCCACAGCAACAGCUUGCUGGGUCCUGUACUGAAAAUACUCAGAGUUUAACUUAGUUUAACCAAACACUUACAAUAAUAUUAUGCCAUAGACCUGUAAAUGUAGUGGUAAAGGGUUCCUAUACCUGUAUUACACAUUUUAAAAUAAAUAUUUUCAAAUACUUCAAAUAUUACACUUAGUAAUCAUUGUAUAUUAAUCAAAUGAAAGUGUUUUUUGACUGUGCAUUAUCAUUGGUCUGCUUGUUUGUUUAUUUGUUUAGUUUUGUUUUAUAUGUUAGAACUGACUUGAAAUCAUGAUCCUUUUAAUCCUGUAUCAGGUUAUCCUCAGUGGAUUAUAUUUAAAGUGCUUAACCUUUUUAGCAAGCAUUAUCCUUUAGGUUAGAGUAGAAGUCAGUCAACUAUUGCACAGUCGAUUUCAGGCAAGAAAAAUAAAGCUAAAAUCAUCCAACUUUAUAUGGAAUAUUUUCAGCUUACAUCACUUUUUAAAUUUUCUUUGGGCAUACUCGUCUUGUUUACUGGACUCGCAAAUGUAAACAUGUCACACCACUUCUUCACUCUCUUCAUUGGCUACCAGUUGAAGCUACAAUAGACUACAAGCUCUCAACUCUAUGCUAUGGAUUCUUUGAAGGCCCCUCUACUUUACUGAAAUCUUGUCUGUCCACACUCCUGCCUGAAACCUUGGCUCCUCAUGAGACAUGCACAUUCUACCCUCCCUCCCACAAAGACAGUCACAUACGGACAACGGACGUCCUCCCUCUGUGCUGCUAAGCAGUGGAACUCUCUUCCUCAUCACAUUCGCCACUCGGACUACAAGGCUGCAUUCAAACGCUCUGUGAAAACAAAUCUGUUCACAAAGUACUAUCCCCGAAUUCUUAACUCCUUUCAAAUAUUUCUGUCAUGCUAACCAUCAUGUAACUUCCUUCAUUGCUUUACUUUCUACUCUUGUGUUUUAUCUUUAUGUUGUUCAGUGUGUCUAUAUGUACAUCACUGUCUACUGUUAUCUUUCAUUUAUCAUAACUGGUUUAUGAUCUAUCUUGAUCGUGAUGCUGCGAACUAUAAAUACCCAUUAUUCUUAAUUAAACAAAUUAAGGAUUUGUCUAAGUUUUUAGUAGCCUGUUCAAAAACUUAUUACUGCUGCUGAGUAUCUUGAGAUGUUGGUGUAUAGAUUCUUUAAAAUGCU